AUAGUAAAAUGUGUGCCACAGGAAACAACAGGAAAUCAAAGAAAUCCUCCAAGAACCUGAACUAUAUAGACAACCAGAAGGAAAUAUCUCAAUAAAAAUAACACAAAACCGAGGAAAAAAGGAAAAAUCAGCGAGAGAAAUAAUCACAAAACAACAACCAGAAAGAAAGAAAGCUUUAACUAAAAUAUUUUUAACUAUACAAUAUACAUACAUAUAUAUAAAUUAAUUAUAGAAAUAGCGACUUAAGUGUUUAGUGCAUAAAUGAAUUAAUUUUUAAACAAAACAACUGAGAAAAUCAAGCAAGUGUACAGACCAAAAAGAUUGGGCAGCUUCUGAUUUUCGGUGAUAUGGUGUAAAUGUGAUAAACAACGUUCUAAAAAAAAACCAACAACAAACAAACAACCAAACGUUUUAAAAACUCAAUUACCACAAUAACAAAGAAAGAAUAAAUACCUUUAAAUAGUGUUUUAUUUUUCCUCCCUUCGCAAAGUUUUUUGCCACGAAAAUCCAAUACAAUAACUAUUUAUCUACAAAUACUAAGCCUUGCAUCGUAUAAACAAACUAAACUACAAGUAAACUAAUCUAAGUCGCACAAAACCAAAGCAAAUCGAGUGAAAACAACAGCGUCAGAGAUUUUUGGUUCAACCUUUUUUAUAAAAAAAAAUUCUCUCAACUGCACUGCCGCAACUUUUCGACAAAUAUGAUUUUUUUCUGAAAGAAUAAUAAGGAAAAUAUUAAAUAUUCGUACAAAUACUAUAAAGAAAACUAUGCAAAAAUUCUUAUGAACCGCAGACAAAAAGUUUAUAAAAGACAAAAACUAACCACAAACGAAAAUUUGUUAACAAAUUUUUGGAGCUACAUAAAACCGUGUAAACAAAAUGCAAUAGUCUAACUCACUUAUUGAGUACACUUGACAUAAACUGUGAUUAUGAGUUCCACAAAAUCUCAAGUAGCCCUAGCUACGAAUAUUCCAACCAAUUUAUCCUCUGCCGCUUCUGCCUCAACAGCGGCCGCUGCGGCCGCCGUUGUUGUUGUUGCCAGUGCCAACGCCGUCGUUGCCUCAAACACCAACUCAUCCGGACUGGGUUCAGGAUCAGGAUCGGGAGCAGGACUAUCAGGAUCAGUAGUCACUGGAGCAGCCACUGCCGGAGCAACAGGAUCUACAGUCACAGCAGCCACAUCCGCGGUGGCAUCCUCCGUUGCCACCAUCUUGAGCAACUGCAGCAGCAGCAACAUCAACAACAACUGCGGCGAGGAGUGCCAGUCGGCGGCCGGAUCCUCGAACUUGGGACGUCAGAACAGCUUUGGCAACAGACGAGGCAACAUGAAGGGCAAACAUCUGACGCGCAGCCAUGCGAUGCGUGAGUCCACUUCGCCACCUCGCACGCCAACGCCGCGGGCUGCCUCCGAGCAGCAGCAGCUCCAGGGGGAAUCCCACGAGCACAAUAAUAACAAUAACAAUAUCAACAGCAAAGCACAAUCAACUGGGAGGGGUAACUCGCCGUUGAUGGAGACGCCAGCCGUGAUUGUCACUAGUCAGCAACCGCAACAGCAGCUGCAGCAACAGAAUGUGCCCCAAAAGCCGCAGCAGAAUGUGCCACUCAGCAACGAGGCCGAGUUCCCUAAGCUUUCGCCUCCAAAGAAGUCCGGCGGCCAACACAAUCGCACCAACAGCAACGGCAGCGGCAUGGAGUACAAUAACAACAGCGGCACCAAGAAGUUCGUAGUUGACCUGAAGGCCAAUGGUUUGGAUAACAAGCAGCAUAACAGCUCCUCCACGGGUGUGAUCUACAACUCCGGGAUGAACUACAAGGCGGCGGAUCGCCAUGAUCGACACGAGCGUCACGAGAUGUCCAGCCAGAACAGCAAUCUGAGCAACAACCACGACGAGGAGCCGUACCAUUAUGAGCCCAGGGGUGGAGGCGGAGGCAAGAAGCAUCGCGCCAACACCAAUGCCAAAGGUAACAAACCACGGUUGAAGAAUCUCGGUGGCAGCUCAUCAGGAAGCAUUGAUUUAGGCGGCAACGGCGGAGGAGGCGGUGGAAACGGAAACGGUAACAACAUGUCCAACAAUGGCCUGUCCAACAACUCAAGCAACAACACCUCGGGCUUUAUAUCGCGCGUCUUUCAUCAAUCAGAGAACUCGAGCGAGCAGUAUACGGACUAUGGCGGCACCGAUCUGAUGGUCUUCUUCCGGGACACCCUCAACAAGAACCCCAAGGACCGCAAUAUCCUCUUGAAGAUCGAGAAGGAUCUAAUAGACUUCGUCCAGGAAAAUAGUCGCGGUUGUGAGUAUCGUUUUCCGCCAGCUUCCUCGUACAAUCGUAUGCUGAUCCAUCGCACGGCCGCCUUCUUCGGUAUGGAGCACAACGUGGACACGGAGACGCAGCAGUGUGUGAUUGUGGCCGUGGCCAAGAACACGCGUAUACCGGAGAUCCGCUUCCAGUCAAUGGUGCGCGACGAUGCACGCAAGUCAAUUUUGAAGCGGGACACGCACAGCUUCGACGAGGUGCGUCAGUCACCGUACUUGUGCCCCCUCUCCCUGGAUCGCAAGGCCAAGAGCUUCGAGGAGCGGGAGGAGGACUACGAUCGGGCGCGCAGCCGCAUCUUCAGUCGAACGGGAGGCAAUCAUGACGGCUACUCCGGCGGUGGCGAAGAGGAGUGUUACGGUGGUUGGGAGCAGCAGCAACAGCAGCAGAAGCAAUCUCAGCCGCCCAGACCGAAGAGACCCAACGGAAAGAUGCUGCAGAUGCAGAAUUCCACGGAAUCACGUGAUGGCAUGAGAUCCGCUGGAGCCGUGCCCAAGUCGCACAACUUUGGAAACUACGGCGGACCGCCCAGUUCAGGGGGUCCUGGCAACAAUUCCUUGCCGCGGGGCGACUCAACCAACUCGAUCAAAAGUGGACGUGGUGGCUUCGUGAAGCAGGACUCGACUGGCAGCACUCCAUGGCGACUGUCUCCUUCCAGCAGUGGCUACAAGACGCGCACCCAAUCCGUGCGCUCCGACUCCGUAACUCCAUCGCCCACGGGCUACGGCAGCGACAGGCAGACGCCGGAGUUGAACCACCCAGCCAUGGUGACCCACAGCCGGGUGGCACCACCCAUGUCAUCGGGUGGUGGUGUUGUCGGCGGUGGAGGACCAGGAGCAGGCGCCACCUCGCCCGUGGAUAUGGGAACAGAAGCCACCGGGGCUGAUCCAACGUCCUCGUCCAGUUGCUCGUCGGGAACGUCGGGACUCGUCUGGGCCGUCACAGACAUUUCGAAUGUGCCAAUUGGCAGCCUCCUCAUUGAUCCGCAAACCCUCCAACCAAUUGUCAAUGCAGACGGUUCCAUCUACCACUACGACCCGUCCAAUCUGCCGCCCAACCAGGCGCUUCAGCACACGGGCAAUCAAUACCAGUCGCAGAACCAGGGGAACACGUCCUCCGGUGGCUACAACAACUACCGCAAGUCGUCGCCACAUCAACAGCAGCAGCAGCAUCAGUCCCAGCAGCAACAUCAGCCACAGCUGCAGCAGCCACAGCAGCAGCAUCAGCAACCAACCCAGCAAUAUGCCACUACUGAGCUAUCCUGCAGCUCAACCGAAAGUUAUGCGGAGGAGGACGCCCAGUCGCCGGGAAUGGAGUGCUCCGAGGGAUACGAGAGCUAUGAGCAGCAAUCGUUGCCUGUCCAGCAGCAACAUUCGGGCAACGGGGACUCAGCAAGCAUCAAGGGCGACGAUUGUGAUAGCCUGACCAGUGCCACCGCUUGCCUGAGUAUCACCACCUCCACAUCCACGAAGAACUAUGAUCGUAUCGAGGUGCAGAAGUACAAGAACCAAGCCACCAGUCCGAAUAUACCUGCCUGCUGUGCCGUGGUUGAGAAGCUGGAACUGGAAGCUGCAGUGCAGCAGGAGCAGGAACAAGAACCCAUGGCUGGACCCUCCUCUUCCGGUUCCGCCACCUCCUCGGUGGGCAUUACUGAACUCCCAUCCAGCCAGACUCCGCUGCCGAUGGCAACGCAGGUUAAUUGUGACAUACAAUCGGUGUCGCCCAGCUCCACGCCCUACAGUCAGUGCGAGGUAAAGACUCCUAGCCAGAGCCACGCACCCAGCGCCGCCGUCGAGGAACCCAAGACAACCACCUGGACGUACACGCAGAGCUACCAGGCGCCAGACGGAUCCACCGUCUUUCACACCACCACUACGCCCAAUGGGGCAGCGCCCUACUGCGCCACCACAUAUCAGCAGGGGCCCGAUGGCAGCAUCUAUGCGGUUCCGCAGGGCAUGGUCUAUGCCGCCUAUCCGCAACCCGGCGUGGGCAAUGCCGGUGGGGCCUCGCAGCCGCUCUUCCAGCUGACAACCAGCAGUCAUCCGCCCGCUCAGACACUCUUUGCCUCCCCGGAGGCAGGCGGUGAGAUACCCGGCGGCACCUACAUGAUACCUGUCUUCGACCCGGCUCAGCAGCCGCGUGAGGGACUCAUCCCUGCGCAGGCCAUCUACCAAGCGGGACCGGGCGGACCGGGAGCCACCACAGUGAUGCCAAUGGCGACGGCGGCUGCCUAUCCAACGGCCCAGUUUGCCACGGCAGCAGCUCCCAAUGGAGGGCCUAUCUACCAGGCGCCGCUCAUCUACUCUAGCGAACCGGGCGGUGGUGCCCAGCUGCAACAGCUUCCGAUGGCCCCGUAUCCGAUUCAAUACUCCUACCCGUACUACCACCCCAUCUCGUACUAUGUGCCGCAGCAGGCGGUGGCCGCUGGGCCCAUGGUGACCUCUCAGCCGCCAGUAGGUCAGGCCCCAAUGCAACAGCAGGCGCCGCACACGGGAGCUGGCACAGCUACUGGUCCACCCACGGUGGUUUCAGUUUCAGGCCAACAGCACCAUCAGCCGCAUCAGCAGCACCACCAUCAGCAGCAACAGCACUCGAGCAACGGAUCCGUGGUGACCUCCAGUGGCUAUGGCACACGGGUGAAGCGCACACCAGGCGGUGGGUCCAUCCACUACAAUCCCAGCUACACACCCAGCUCGGUGACUCAUGCCGGUGGCACCCAUCAUCCGUCAGCGGGCUCUGCCCAGAUCAUUGCUGCGCCGGCGGCCAGCACAACCACAUAUCAUGCGCUGCCCACGCUGACGCUGGCCCACGGUGGUGCAGCGACCGGCACGGAUCUCAGUGGUGCGGGCGGUGCCCAUGUGUACGCUGUGCCCGCUCAACAUGCCGCGCUGAUCCCAACGAAUAUCUUCCCCUACGCAGCGGCGGCGGCAGCAGCAGCCGGAGGUCCAGGAGGUCCUCCAACGGCUCCUCAGGUGGUGCAGCAGGCCCCACCACCACCUCCUCAGAGUGCUCCCCAUCAUGCGCUCAUCACAGCUGCUCCGUUUUACCCAGCCAGUGGUGGUAACAUGGAUCAGAGUGCCUCACAGUCGGCUCCUAGUACUCCAGCGGCUCCUGGAAGGCAGGCUCCGCUGUUCAGCACACCGCCGGCUCCAAAUAACGCAAGCAGUGGCAACAGCAGUGCGGGCGGCGGCGGCAACAGUGGUGGCUACCACAGCAACAGUUCCACGCCGCACUACUACCAGAGCCAGAACAGCAACGAGGGCUACACCUCGCCCUAUGAGAAGAGGAACCAUGGCGGUGGUACCUCAGGAGCCCACACCGUGGGAGUACGCAAGCCAUACCACCCAGGUGGCUACAAUCCAAGGCAUUCAGUUCCCCUGGGAGGCAUGCCGUCUGGAGCAAAGACUCCGCUGCUGAACUCAAACAAUGAGCCCACGCCGCGUGCCUCGCCAAGCAGCGUGAGCUUGGGCGGAGCCUCUUCGUCCGGUGGAGCUACUAGCUACCAACAUCGUGGGCCACCACCCCACACGAUGGGCGUAAAACGAGACAACAAGCCCAACCAGCUGCCGCUAAUCAGUGGACCACCGCCCAGCUAUGCAACAAACUCAAGUCCCGGCGUCACCAGCUACGAGGCCAAGCCACCUGUCCGUCUGAAUGCCGGAGCCGCCAGUUUCCGGAGUCAGAAGUCCAUGAACCAGGACUAUCGGCGCAGUGUGUCCCAACGGAACUCGCCUAGCGCCAAUGGAGGCGGAAAUGGCAGCCACGAGAGCAGCAACAACUCGCCCAACAGUAUUUUGGGCAGCCAGAGCAACAGUGCUGCCAACACGCCGAAUGCUGCCGCACCACCACCUCAGCCACAGACCACAUUGGUGAGCCAUUCUGGAGGAUUUGUGGUACUGGACCAGACCACCGGAGCCGCCAUGAAUGCCUCGCCGCCCUCGCUUUACGGCGGCGGCGGUCCAACUGCAGGACUAGGUGGAGGAGCAGGUGGCGCUGCUGGAGCGGCCGGCUCGAAUGGUGGCCAUCAGCCGGGUGGCGGCGGUGGCGCCCGCUCGCACAUUCCCACUGCCCAGCUGCACCACAGUGCCGCCGCUGCCGCCGCCGCAGCUGCUGGCAGCCAACAGGCCACGGCGGCGGUGCUGAGCGGCGUGGCCGCUGCGGCCGCCCUCGGUGGCUACAAUCCAAACGGGGCGUCCGGCGUGUACUUCAAGUAUGGCCAGACGUACUUCGCCCAUCCCUCGGUGGCCUUGCCCAACAGUCGACGAUCGCCGUCGAACGAUAUCCGGCCGCAAAUGGCGCAGGUGGCCGGCAUGUAUCCCACAAUGAUGAUACAAGCGCGUCAUCCCAGUCGCCAUCCGAACCCGAACUACAAAGGUUCGCGUCCGCGGUAAAGCCAGCCGGAAAACCAAUAUAGGAAACCCAAGCAAAACAAAAACUACAUACACAUAACGGCAUACCUAAGAUAAAUAUAAAUAGCAACCUAAUUUAGUGGAACAUAAAGUAGUUGACAACCAUAAAACCAGAUGAAGUGGACCGGAUAGACGGAUGGAAACGCAAGAGCAGCGCAUAAGGAGAAUAGAACUCGUCGAGUGCUGGCCGCAGAGUUGUCGGGCAUUAUUGGUAGCAACUGGAAAGGAAGGGGGCGUGGCAGGGACUCAGUCGCCAGGUCACCAGAAAACCAAACUAAACUAUCCAUACACCAUGAACACCACAUGAGAGCCGGGGAGCGAAACAGAGCGAAGCCAUCACUGUUAUCUUCCGCAGCAAGCGAAGGGAAAGGGGGGAAAAACCGACAAAGCAUAGCAUAUAGCCUCUAUAUAGUUAAGGAGUAUUGUACGGAUAUCGCUACAAUAACUGAACCGCUACAGAAGAAAACAAUUGAAUGCUGUAUAUUUUGUGCCAUUAUAAAUAGUCUUUAAUAAAACAAAAAAUCGAGUACCCGAAGAAGCAAUAAAUGAACACACACACAACGACGGCCCCCCCAAAAAACGGACUUUCGAACUGAACACUCGACCGAUACGUAACUUCCACUCCCCUUCUCGAGCAUAUAUAGGAUAUUCAGGUAGACUUUAGUUCCGAGAGAGCUCUCGAAAGGACCGCAAAUAGACUGAGAGAAGUUUCAGAGAUGGAAUCGACAACCUCAGAGGCGCUUGCUAUUUGCACGCUAAAGCAAGAGAAUCUCCGGGAAUUCUCGAAUACUAUUUUAACCGAUUAUUUUCAAAGCUGCUACCAAAAAAAAAAUGUAUGUUCAAAAUUUCAAAUAUUGCCUUGCUUUGGUGUGCUUAAUUGAAUGCGUUUUAAUUAUGUUAGUAAUCUCAACCGAAAGCAGAAGCUAGAAUAGAAACUCCAUCAACUAAUCGACCGACCGGACAACCUGGCCUUCUGGACCUGAGGAUCCCCAAGAUCUGCCGCCAGAAUUGGGGCGAGUCUUAUAUCUAAUUUUGUCCAGCAAAAUUUCGUGUAAAGCUCUUCGAAACAAGUCUCGACACAAGCCACUUAAUCUGUUUAUUUAAGACCUAUGAAAUCUAAAAGUAAAAUACAUCUAUCAUUUAGAGAGUCAAUUAUUAUUAUUUUGUAAUUUUAAUUAAUGAAAAUUUGUUAAAUAUGAUUUUUGAUUUGAAUUUUUCCUUAUUACGUUUAUGUUCUUUCGAAAUAGAAUUUCCUUAUAAUUUCCUGUUCCUUAAUGCAAAGAAGCUGCAGCUAAAAUUCGUUGUUACUCGUAAGCAAAAUAAAAAACAGACAAUGGAGUAUGAUGAGUAGAAGAUGGAGGAGUUAAGCAGCUAUACAUUUAUUGUUAAACAAAAUAAUUAGCUUAGCGUAUAAACUACAUAUGUAUAUGUACCAUCUAAUAAUAUAUAGGCAAGUGAAAAGAAAAGAAAAACAAACAAAAUGCGAAAAUCGAAAAGUAUAAUAAAAGAGAAACCACAUGAUUAGUUAAAGUUAAAACUUGUGUUGCCUUUUUCUGUUGCUUAUUACUUUACUGACUUUCCACAGCAAAUGGUUAUGAUUUUCCUGAUUUCCGCUUUUGUACAACGAACUUUACAAGCAAUGGCAGGACUUCUCUCGCCCCGCUCGCUCGGAACUUCUAGAACUGCAUGUCUAAAUGUACAUAACAAUAAUUUACACAAAUCUGAAACGCGACUACGAGUAUAUAUAUAUACAUAUAGCGUGUAAGUAGGUUAGUGCCGCCGGCCAGUCUAGAAUUUUGGAUCUGCCAAAAAAACAACCAAGAUAUCACUCAAACGGCAACGCUAGCUCGCUCCAAAGCAAUCGGUCAUCUAUCAUUUUCGAAUCCUGAACCAUAACAUUAACCGAUAAGUAUAAAUAGCUUUCGACUUAAGGUGCGCUAGGAACUCAGCUUGAUACUUGAUAACUCAUAUAUAUAGCAUUAUAGCCGAUAACACAACAGUACCAAAUAAGUUAGUGAACAAAACUGCUCAAGAUUCGAAUCUAAAUACCGAAUGAUACUUAUUAUUAUAAGCACCGAAUCGUAUUGUACCAGAAAACCACACAGAAAACGCUUUGUUGGCUAGUCCCGCGCCAGGAAAUGAAAAUAAAAAACAGGAUGGGAGGCAGGAUCGAUAGAUUGCCGGGGGAAAGUAUCACAGUAUCCUGAAGUAUCGAACAUUUGCUCCUGUUGUGCAUUUCUUUGUUUGUUGCUCUGUUUGUUAAAGAAACCACAAAAAUCGUUGACGACUAAAGAAUGUUGAGAGGGUUAGGGAAGGUGGGGAUAGUUGGGAAAGUUGGGAUAGUUGGGGAAUGUGCAAGAGAAGGCAGGACAAACGCGGAAUAUGUUAUACAAUAAACUAUUAUUAUUAUUAUCGCAUCAUGAUAAUUCGGUCUAAUUGGUAAAUGCAACACUGUAGCUCCAAACCGCGACAACCAAAAACCACAGCAACCAGCAACUCGAACAACCAAGCAUGCAAUGAGAUAAAGACACAAAAAAAUGGGACGAGGGCGGCGUUUUUACCGACGAGGAUAACUCUAUUGAUAAUGAUGAUGGUAAUGAUAAUUAUUAUUAACAAAAAAAAAAAACAAACAAAAAC